AUGAAUUCACGAAUGAAUACCUUUGAAAAGAAAGUCAACGAUGGUUUGGAUUCAUUGACUAUGCCUAAAUGCUCCUUGAUUCUUACGGCCAUAAACGCACGAGCACAGUGGGAUGAAUUACAACUGGAAGUUGCAGAAGGAAAUAGCAAAGAAACCAUUCUCAGUAAACAUGGAAGGUCACAAGAAGAAAUAAAAAACUAUAUGGACUGCUUGAAAACUGCAUACCAAUAUUAUUGGGGAGAGGAAGCGUAUAACAAGAUUGAAAAGAUUCUCCACCAAUUUGAAAACUACAAAAUCAAUAAAAUGGUGGAAUGUAGCCGAAAAAAAGCCUUAGCGUAG